AUGCAGGGAUGGCCGAGCGGUCUAAGGCGCCAGACUCAAGCUAUUCGCUUGCCUCAAGUUCGAGGUCGCAUGGGUGUUCUGGUACUCGUAUGGGUGCGUGGGUUCGAAUCCCACUUCCUGCAGACAUUUUUUGCAUUUUUUCCACAUAAAUAUCAUGUUUAUAACUUUCAGAAGCUCGCAGAUCAAGAACUCAAUCUGUUCCUCCGAUUCAAUGCGAUGGCAAAAAACAUGAAAACGUUUUCUAACUUUUAUAUCUCACCAUAUGGCCCCAGAAGAAACAUAAUCGAUGAAAAUCUCAAAAAAACUCUUCAAAGAUUUUUCCUAAACCGUUUGGGUAAACGGACGACGGUAAUUGUGAAAAGCUUCAACCCCUAUCCAACAGAUGAUGAAGAUGAGGUAAAUCCAACUUUUGCGAUUCGAUAUUGCGAUGAAAUUCGGCUGAAACUCGGGGCAAAACGACACAUUGUGUUGGCAAAUACUGAAAGGCUUAUGACUACAGAAAGAAUGGAUAAUCUUGUGGAGAGUUUGAUAGAUCCCUCAAGUAAGUCAUGAAUUAUGAGUUAAGGAAACUUAUUCAAGAAUUUUCUUUUUAAAGUCCCAUCACCAACAAAUGAGCUAUAUCCAGUCAACUCAACUUGCGAACUUCUGAACAAUAUUAAUUGCUUCUGUAUGAAACAAUUGAAUAAAACAACUUUUGAAGGUUCUGCGCAGGAUAAGUUUAUAGAAAAAGCAUGGAAGGAUUUUGAACAAAUUGUGGAAAGUAUUGGAUGUUUUGGAGAGGUUGAGAAAAGCGAUGUGCAGUUUUAUCAUUAUCAUAGUCAUGUGUGAGUUUAGCCGCCGGAAAAUUUACGUUUCAAAAAAUCCCAUGUUUUUAGGAAAGGCGAAUUCUACUUGGCCGAAUUCAAGGCUCAAAUCACAAGCAGCACAAAUUCCACAAGAACUUACGAAGGUCAACGAUCUUGGAAAUUUUAUCAGAAUUUCCAAGGUGCUCAUGGUUAUGGAACUAUUCGACUUAGAAUGUCCGAUGAUUCGACCACCAUAAUUGAUAAGAAAUUUUGUUAA